GCACAAUAAGAAAAAAGUAACAGCUGUUCCCAUUUUGUGCCUGAUUGUUAAAUUAAAUAUUUAAAAUGAGCAUAUUACUGCGUCGUAAUUCGAGCCAGCUGCGCUUGCUGCAGCGCCUUUGCGCAACGUCAACCGAAAUCACGCGUCUGGCCUCAGAUAACAAUACUACUGCAUCUACAACUACUACAACAACCACGCCAACGACAACGACUGCAACUGCAUCGACAACAAAAACUUCGUCAGCUGGCAAAAGGCUCGCCGCUGUGGCCGACGCUGAUAUCAAGAAAUCGGUUUUCAUCUCGCAAUCUAAUGACAUUUACACGAAUCUAGCUCUCGAGGAUUGGCUCUAUAAGAACUUUGACUUUAGCCAUCAUCAUGUCUUGCUGCUGUGGGCCAAUCAGCCGUGCGUUGUCAUUGGCCGCCAUCAGAAUCCCUUUACCGAGGCGAAUGUAUCCAAGCUAAUGGAACGAGGCAUUACUCUCGCCCGUCGCAACAGCGGUGGCGGUGCCGUCUAUCAUGAUCCGGGCAAUCUCAACUGCACGUUCUUUACACCCCGCGAGCGUUACGAUCGCAAGUACAAUCUGAACAUUGUGACGCGCUCGCUGUUCCGCGAGUGGGCCAUCAAGGCGGAGAUCAACGAUCGCGAUGAUAUUGUUAUCGCCAACAAAAAGAUAUCGGGCACGGCUGCUAAGUUGGGUCGCCCCAAUGCUUAUCAUCAUUGCACCAUUUUGGCCACGGCCAACAAGUUGCAUCUGAGUGAGUCGCUGGUCAAGGAGAAGGCCAAUUAUAUUAGUCGUGCCACGGCAUCGGUGCCAUCGGCCAUACGCAACCUGGCGGAUGUCAAUCGGAAUGUUAAUGUGCAGCAGCUGCUCUCUGCCGUGGGCUAUGAGUACUUGCGCACGUCAGCAACGUCGUUGAAAGAUGGCGGUAGCACGCAAACAAUGAAUCAGCGUGGCUUUCAGCUAAUCAAUCCCACGGAGAAAUGGUUCCCCGGCAUCGAGGAGCUGCGCACCAACUUCAGCUCCUGGGAUUGGGUCAUUGGCAAGACGCCGAAGUUUACGGUCGAAAAGGAUCUCGAACUGAAGGGCAAUGAGAGUGGCAUGAAGCUCAAGCUGAACGUCGAAGUGGAAGCUGGUCUGAUGACUAAAAUCGCCUUACAGCUCCCGCAAAGCGAACAACUGGUGCCAGUGGUCACUCCUCUCCAGGGCCAGGCAUACAAUGAGCACAACUUGAAUGGCAUCAUGGACGCGCUCAAGUUGGUCUCCACCUCGAAUGUGCAACAGGCGAUGAACGGCUCAAUUUGAUAUUUGUUUUGCUAGCAGAUCGCAUACACUUGAUGCCUUUCUUUUUGUCCUUUUUAUAAAGUUGCAACUUUGCUUUAUAUACAUUAUAUGAUCUUUAUAACUGAUCUAAAUACCUGAACUAACUUAGCAUAUAAGACAAAAUUAACAAUUUCUAUAUUUUUUAUCAAUUUG